CCCCCUGCAGGGGGUUGGAGAUUCAUGAUCCUUGAGGUCCUUUCCAACCCUGCCAUUCUGUGAUUCUGUAAGUGUAUGUGUGCGCAUGUACACUCACAUGCUCUCUUUACAGAGAAACUGCUUCCCUGUAAAAACAUGCUGUGUAGGAAAUACCAGGGGGUUCACGUACAACCAAGCUAAUAGCAUAGGGUUUUUCUGUACUAAAUUCUGGUAUGUUACUUGUAAGCUUUUCUCAGCUACAAGAUAACGUCUAUGUUAUUAAACUUACAAAGAGUGACACCUUACCAUUGUUGUCAAGUACAUUCAUUUUGAAAUUAGUCAGAAGUUUUCUAAGUACCACGUGAACUGGGACUGUGAAGUGUUGACCUUCACAAACAUGAAUCGAAUGGGAAGAAAACAAGGCAGUGACACUCCCAAGGCUUGGAGUUUUGCAGAGGAAUGUGGACAGCUUCCCUCUAGCCUGACAUGCUGUAAUUGUUACACAAGAGGGCAGAGGGAAAGUCCACAGAGAUGGAAGGCACUGUUCAUAUUACUCUUUGAUAAGGCAGAUAAUCAUGUCCUAGAAUAAGUGCAGUAUAAGCACCCAGGCUUUACAGCCAUGUGAGCUACACACCAUGCACACGUACAGUGUUAUCCAGUACCAGGACAUCAUCCCUGCCACUUAGACAACAAUUAUUCUAUAGAAAUGAAAUUACAAAAUUGUGCAUCUUGAUGUAGAAUAUAUAUAUUCAGACUAAAAAACUAAUAAAGGAAAGCAUUUAGGUUGGUACUGUGAAGUAGCUCUGUAAACAUUAUAGACAUGUGAAUUCCAUCUCAAGUGUGUGGCAUUUCUUUUUUGGUUUCUUAGUGUCAAGUUUAGCUUCCCAAAGACAACAGUGCUCUUUAGAGGACAAUGAAAAGAUUACCAGAAAAGCUUUAUCUAACUUUUUGAUUUCACAGUACUACUCAGUUUGGAAAGGACUUAUGGAGCUCACCUUGUCCAAAUCCUGCCCAAGCAUGGUUAACUACAGCAAGUUGCUAGGACUAUUUUACACAAAUAAUGAGGUUGUUUUUUUUUUUUAAAGCCAGAGACUAGGAUACAUACCUGAGCAGUCCUUCAAGAAAAUAUAAGUUACACUUGCUGGUACAGGGAUAGCUUGCAGUAAUAAGGAAUUUCCCAGAGUCAUGAGAAGCGAGCUACAUGUCGACUUCCCGCUAACUAUUCUGGUCUGAACACUGCUAGGAGGAAGAGAUUUGUUUAUGCAUAUGAAUUAAAAAAAAAAAAUUCUUCUGUCAAACUGGCUCUGUGGUAGGAUUCUGAAAACACAAACAACAAAACAGAUGACAGUAUGUAUAAACGAAAUGUUGUCUUGAAACCAUAAGGUUGAUUAAUUAGAACUACAGUACAAAUUUUCUCAGCCCAGAGCCUUGCAUGCUCCCUGCUAAUAAAAACCAGAAGAGAAAUAUGCUUUAACAUGAACGUUUCCUCCACUUCAAGCAUCUAGCUCUCUGUCUGCAUUUUCUUUAAAAUUACAUACUAAAAAUAACUGUGAAAUUGUAGGAAAAAGUUCAGCAUUGUUUUUUCUUUUUAAAUAGAAGAAUUACUGAUUGGUAUGGAGUAAUAAAAGUUAACUUAGGAAGGUCAGCAACCCCUGGGAUAUAGGCUCUAUUUGAAUUAAGCAAUAUAACUGCAAGAUACAUAAUCUAGUGCAACGUCUUCCAAAAUCAACAAUCAUUCUUGCAUGAACAACAAGGAAUAUCACUUACUAUCUCUGAGUGAGGAAUUCUUGGUGUAACUGGCGAGAAGAAAAAUAAUUAAUGCACUCCAUUUACUUAUUUAAUUUCAGUCUCCAAGUAAUGUUUCAUAUUUAAUUUUACCUUUAAUGUUCGUGUGUACGGUGCCUAUUGGGAAAAAAAAAAAAAAAAAAAAGCCACAACCCUACAUUUAACACAGAUUUAGAUACACUUUACUGACAUCUACUGGAAGAAAUCAUAACUGACUGCUCCAGAAUGACCAAGAAAGUGGAGUACCACAAUUCUGGAAGAAGCAUUUGUGGCUUUAUUUCCACCAUUUAAGUUCCAAGUGCUCAUAGCACAUACACUAUACACUGUCCUAUCACAUGAUAGUGAUUAUCUCACAUCUAAAUUAUGCUAUUUUACCUGAAGAAAUGAAAGAAAACACAUUACGAGUAGAAGUUGUGCACAAAAAUAAAACUAAUUAAUCAAGGCAACACUUUGCAACUAUUAUGAAUAAUUAUCUGAGUUCAGUGACCCAUCAAUAAACAGAACAUCCCAGAAGAUUUGGUCAAGGUAGGACUCUGUAAAAAGCAGAAUGAACGAGAGGUUAUGAUCAUUGAGAGCAAAUAUGAGAUUAAUAAGUGUUACUUCACUGUUAAUAAUUAGCUGAUCAUCUCGCAGCCUGGGCUGGUCUCACCCUUUCCAUAAAUAGCACCCGAAUGACCAGAAUCAGCUCUCACUGUCCUGCUAGCAGCACUGCCCUCACACUGUACCUUAUCAUCCAUAAUGGCAUUCAGCGGCACCUGGCAGGUCUAUGCUCAAGAGAACUAUGAAGAAUUUCUGAAAGCUCUCGCACUGCCAGAAGACCUUAUCAAAGUGGCUCGAGAUAUCAAGCCUAUUGUUGAAAUACAACAAAAAGGAGAUGACUUUGUUGUGACAUCAAAAACACCCAAGCAGACUGUGACUAACUCCUUUACACUUGGAAAAGAGGCUGACAUUACUACUAUGGAUGGCAAAAAGCUAAAGUGCACUGUGCACCUGGCAAAUGGGAAGCUUGUGUGCAAAUCAGAAAAAUUCUCACAUGAACAAGAAGUUAAAGGAAAUGAAAUGGUAGAGGUAAGUGAUGGAAAACAAUGGUUUAUUAAAUGCUGAAGGAAAAAAGUUCUCUGUUGAUCAGCUCUUCGUGUAGGGUCAAUACGUUCAAAGAAUACUGGCCCCCAAAUGACUACAUUGCUUAUAGAAUCUUAACAGAUGCUUAAAUCUGCAGAUUCAGAAUUUUAGUAUUUCAGACUAAUCACAGUGGAAAACACUACCAGUGUCAGUUACUAUUCCUGUUAUAAAAAUUGGGUGCUCUAAAUGACUCUCUUUUAAACACUGCUUGUACAUUUAAUGCAUCUUUCUCAACAAAUGUUGUUUAUUAAUUAUUAUGCUGGGGACAAUUCUAAGCACUGAAGUGUGAAUGGCUUUAGCUGUUGAGCACUGCAUAGGAAGACUCCUUAUAAACUCCUGUAGAAGACUGUUUGCACUCUUAGUUCUAUGAACAGUAUUGGCUCCAAAACAAAUAAUGACUGAGUCAGACUUGAAAAUUUUGCAAUACAUUUUGUUCCACCUAGUUAGUUCUAGCUUAUUUCUUAGUAACAAAGAGAUAUUCUCCUCAGUUAAGCUCACCAGAUUUCAAAGAAGUAUCCACUUAGGUAAAGACUACAAUCAGAAAGACAGCUAACUCCAUCAAAGUUGUGUGUUUUGACAUGCAGCUUCCCAAGAUGAAUCUGAGUAUCUCAAGCUACUUUUCCAAGCAAAACACUGUGCAAAAGAACCCAUUACUAUUUGGGAUGAUGCAUUUCCACUAUGGGAAGUAUAUCUUUAUACCCGUUAAAACAGAGUGAUAAAAUGCAGCUGAUAAUGGCACUUAUAUUUAGAUUACCUCUCUUCGGAACUGGUUUUGUUUAAAAAAAAAGAAAAAAAGAAAGAAAACCAAAAACAUUCUUUGGUUCAAACAUUUUGCACAUAUGUAUAGGCAGGCAUUGUAAUUUCUGUAACUAAACUCUGUAGAAUGUUCUUCUGUGAUAAUCUGGAUUUAUAAAUGAAUUACAGAAACUUCUAAUGACUUAACUAUUAAUAGCUAUCCUGAAGUCCAAAUGAAAAACAAAUUGUGUGUAUUUGUCAUCUACAGACUAUUACUUUUGGUGGAGUUACACUUGUCAGAAGAAGCAAGAGAAUUUAAAGACAGAUCACCUUCUUUGUGACAUCUUUACAUACUUAAAAUAAAGUGCACUUUCCAUAAGGUGUGUCCAUCUUUGCUAUUGCUAUAUAGUACAGAAAAUGAUGAUUUCUACUAUCAUUAUACAUAAAAUCACUUCCCAUUAUUAUAAGAUUCUGUUUUCCCCAAGUACACUUACAGAUCCCUUCUAUACCCAAAACUGAGGUCUCCCUCUCAGACAACCAAAGCUGGACAUAGUUGAAAAAUGCUGAUUUACCAUAGUAAUCAUUGAGAAGGGACAGAAGCUGAUAUCAAUGUUUCUCACUUCCUUACCAAAUUAAUAAACAUAUUCAGUGUUAAACCCUUUUUAUAGGAAAGUGCAAUGUUCUACUGAAAACUCUUUUCUCUCUAUGCUAUUCAGCAAAAAAACGAAUAGAUACUUGUUUAGCUGACCUGCACUGGGACUGCAAUGAGAACAUCCUAAAAGCUGUGAAGUAUUUAACAAUCAUUACAGAGCAGACCCUCGAGCCAGCCUACCUGGAUCCCUCUACAUUGUCAGUGUUUGCUCUGCAGUAUUUCUGUGCAUCCUUUUGCAGACCUUAAAUUCCAUGUGAGUUAACAAAACUAAAAACAGCAUGGAAGCCAAGACACUGAUAAGCUCAGGAAGACUUUCAAAGCAUCAGGACUGCAGGAGGCCAUGUAGGAGUUAGGCACAUUUCUGUCUGGAAACUGCUGUGUAACUGCUGCUAACUUCACAGUGACAUAUGACAACACAACACAGUUUUCCAAAAGCAUGCCUGCAGAACAGUGAAAAUCUUCAAUGAUCAAAUGCUGUAUCAGUAAGUUGUAGGAUACAAAAGCAAAGAUGCAUCAGGUUUAUUUCUGAAUGACUUUAACUAAAUCAGAUCACUGGACAGAACACUUCUGAAGUUACAAAACCAUAAUUCUUUGCUUUUGAUUUGACAUAAGAUAGGUUGAUAUUAAAGCAAAACGCACAUAUGUGUGUUUGUAUUUAAAAUAAACAUCUCACCUUUAAAAUAAAGGUCUUAGUGGUGUUCAUGGACUAUUCAGACAUUCCCUGCACACUUGGAAAUGUGCUCUUCCUGUUCAAACUCCUCACCAAAGUUCAGGCUCAGUACAGGACUGCGUGUAUCAAAAGGGGCACUGCGCUCCAGAGUGCAGAUACAUCACAUGUUGAAAAUGCCAUAUACUAAAAGCACAUUCAUUCAUAUACGGAAUAUAAAGUGACGUCAUUUUAAUUUGAAGGCACCAAAAAAUUAUUAAAUUCUUCACAGUUGUCAGGACAUCACAUUUCCAGCAACUGUGCCCAUCCUGUCAAUCCAACACUCCUCUGCCUCGGGACACCAAGGAUGUGGGAAAAUCCUCAGCACGGUUCUGUAGGCGAAGCUGCCCAAACCUGAUGACUGUGGCCAGGUUGUGAGCUUUAUCCCACCGCUGGGCCGUGGUACCGAUCCCCUUCCAUGCAGCCAUCUUCUGCAGAGGGCUUCGUGAGAAUCUUGAUGUUAUUACUAUUUGGAUCUUGUUGAAACUGCUCAUUUGCAAUUCCAAAAGCUCUGAAGGGGUAAUACUUGCAGCAGGAGUUCCUACCCUUCAACACUCUACACUCUCAGCUGGUUCCACUUCUUUUUCACGUGUCUGCAACAGGAAUUUUUCCCACUUUACCACAGAUGUUUUGUGUUAUGCACUCCCACACAACUCUGGUCUCUAACGCUCUCCUGGCUCAUGUUCCUGUUCUUUUACAACUCGCGCACAAACGCAGCCCCUUAACGCGCUGACACACGGAGCCUGUGGCGAGUAGGGAGAGGCAGGGGCUGCUCUUCUGUGCCUGUGGAUCUGAAAGCCCCUCACCACAGCACGACGCAACACAGCCCUUCACGCUGCCCGAGGUAACAAUUCAGCCACAAUACGAGAGUUUAUCGGCACAACUACCAUUAAAUAUCAGCCACAGAACUACCUGCUUUAUUGUUCUCGCCACACAAACGACUCAACUGAAAAACGGCCGCUCGCCUCGGCGCAGGGCCCCCGCGCGGCCCCCGCG